AUGGAUUCUUCCUUUUUUAACCUCCACAGCCUCAUUUUCAGCUUCCCCUUCACAGUUGUACUUGGAGCCUACCCCCUCAACAUACCCAGGUCUUCCUCUGUGGACCUGCUCAUGGAAUCAUCAUUGUCUAAGACAUACAAAAAUAAAGAAUUUGCCCAAUCAGAAGAGGCCUCUUACCUGGUCAUUGGUGAAGGACAAGUAAGAAAGGAAGAAGACUAUGCCAAUUACCAGAAAACAGAAGACAGUGGAGUCAACCAAUCAAAGAUAAUCUCCGUAGAAACCGAGAAAAACUGUUUGGCCUCGCCAUCCAAGAACAGCCAGAUGAGAUCAGAUAAACCUGAAACAUUUUCAAACAGCACAACAUUCACAGUUGCCCCCUCAGUCUCCUCUUCCUCCACCUCCUCUUCCUCUGCCCCCUGCUCUAUGCCCCCCCUUUCUCCUGUCAGCACGGACAGUGAUCUGAGGAGUCCCAGCUCUUUGCAUGAUAGCACCAUCUCCAGACUCAUUGAUGCUGUGUCCUUAGGCAAUGAGCAAGACACACAUGACUCUAUAUCUGCUCUCAUUGGUCAGUUUGAAAGUACAGUUGACCAAAAUGAUUUUACAACAUUAUCUCAUGAUCACACUUCCUCCUGUCACUCAAACGUCAGGCCUACCAGCCUUAAAGCACUGCAAGAUUUAAGGUCUCCUCUCAAGACCAACACAGCAUUUCCUAACAACAAACACUUGAUAGAUUUCCAACAGGUAGCUCAGAAAGCAAAUCAUGUAAAUCAUAACAAGCAUUCACCAUGCAAAAUUUCCCAGGCAGCUGCACCUGCUCCAGCCCUCCUCUCCAGCCCAGAAACUGCUGAACUUGAGGAGGUAUACACCAUUCUAGAUGAGGAGGUGCUGUUGCCUGUAUCAGUGUACAACCUGAGGAAACAGAUGGUCCAUGUUCGGGCAGACACUAUCGAGAGUACUCCCUCAAACAGCUUGCUGUACUCUCCAGCAAAGGUGGUUCAAGAUUUAGGGAAGAGUCAUAAUGUUGGCUGGGAUGAUAUGCAAAGAAAAAGGGUUGGAGGUUUAGAAAUAGAGGAAGCAGAGGAAGGUGUGUAUGAGGAAGUGUAUGAUCCUCCAGCACCAGUAGCUGAGAGAGAACAGGAAACAUCUAAAAGGUACAUGAGCUCCUCUGUUAACAACAGCUAUUUCCAGUUUCUCUCUGAAAAUGUUGAUGAGGUUCCAUUGGAUAUGAUACUGACCUCACCAAGACAUGGCAGCCAGUGGGAGGUGCUUAGUCCAACCAAAUGCCAGGCUAUAUACCAAAACCAUGAAUCCACUCCCAACUACCCUCAGCUAAAACAGCUUUCAUCAUGCCGUGAUCCUCAACAGCAAUACACCUCACUUGCAUCUCAUAUUGCAUUUUCACAGUGUCCCUCCUCAGUCAGUCAAUCUUCAUAUCACCUGUCCAGUCAUCACCAAUACCAGCACAACUCCCAACUUUCACCACUCCACAGACCUGUCAACUCUAGUCCACUACGUCAGAACAGCUACCCUGCUCCUCAGAGCAAUUUUAAGGUCCUUAACAACUGCAGAGAUGUUGGCAGUUCAUACACACAACAGAGGAACUAUAGUGGCAGCCAGAUCUCAAACAGGUCUCAUCAAGACAGGCUAGGGUAUAAAUAUAUGGAGAGGGAGCAAGUGGUGUAUUUUCAUAAUGGUUUCCCCUCUUCUGAAAGCCUCCCCAGUCAAUCUGCAGUGUCUGUAAACAUCUGUAGAGACAGAGACCUAUAUUCCCCUUCGUCAGAUUGUGAUACAAUGGACAGCCGCCUUCUCUCUGACUGCAUUACUCCCUCAUCAGCGUCUUCAGUCCCUCAAAAUUCUCAGUCACCCAGCCAAAGUCAGAUAGACUCACAUACCCUGAAACAGUCAUGGAACCAAAAGGUUUCCCUCAUCAAUACCAGGCACCAGUCACAGACUGAAACCAGAGUUGCACUGCACUCAGACUUGGGGCCUUUAUCAACUCAGUUCUCGUCCGCUAACAAUGACUCAAUAGCCCCCAGCCCAUGCAAGUCCAAGUCCCUGGGAGACCUGACCUCUGAAGACAUAUCAUGCAACUUCCAGAGCAAAUACCAUAUUAUUAGUCGCAGCUUCAUCACUCCUCACAUGAGGAAGCAAAAGAGGAUGGGCACCACUGGGGAAGCAACUUUCCAAUCACAGUCCUGUGAUCCACUUACAGAACAGCUGCGUAAGCUGGUCAGUCUGGAAGGGGAUGAUACUGAGAGCCCCCAGUCUCCUCAGUUACAUCAGGAAUCUAAACCACUACUGUCACAGCAACAGGCAACAAGUAAAGCUCCUGUGGUCCCAAGAGAUACAGAUGAUUCCCCUCCACUCCUUACCCGUCGCCUAUCUUCUCGGAGCCAAAGCCGAGUGCGCCACAUCAACAGCCGAGCCCGUGAAAGACAGCAAGAGGCUCUAAAGCCUCGGGCAGGUGUGGUGAUCAACAGUACCACCAGCACCGGUGGGGUGGUACUGAGGAAUAAACCAGCCUCACAGAAUCCCCCGGUUAACAGACACUCUACUGGGUCUUACAUAGCAGGCUAUCUUGGUCAGCUGGAGGACAGGGGACUUCCUGAAGGAGCCUGCACAUCAUUACGUUAUGGAAAUGGGGAUCAUUACGUAGAUCAGUACUAUACUGACGACUCUCUUCCGCCUGCAGACUCUUCCCACUCAGCAUCAGAGCCUGAGGUCUACUUUCUGCUCAGACUGUAGCUCUGAUCCUAACCUAAAAUGAGAUUGAAAGCCAAGCACUGAUUCCUGAUAAUGUUCAAAUACACCACAACCCAGAGGGUCAAGGAAAUGAAUGCCUGCCAUGGUUUGUUCCCACUUUCACAGACCAGCAGGUUUCCCUUAUAACAGUUAAAUAAAUCUUGUUCUGGGCUACUUCUAAAAAAAAGAUAUAGCCCACAUUUGGAUCUGACAGCAUGAUUUUCCUCUAUGAAAUGUCCACUAUUCACUGGUGAAUGGUCUUUCUAGUCUGGCAGUGUACUGUCUCUAUUCUGAUUAAUGUGUAAAUGUACUUGAGAACUGACUCCAUCCUAGACUGACUGUACAGAUACUUGUUAGCUUUGUUCCUGUGACGUACUGUCCAAACUGUGUACAUUGACUAUGAAGCAAAAAAGACUUGGGUUUCGAGCAGAAUGUUUUUCUUUUCCGUUUGAAUGUGUAGUAUAACAAAUUUCAAUAAGUGAGAUGAAACUUUUCAAAGAUCAAAAGUAAGUCUUCCUUCUCUUUUCAGUGGUAUUUCUCUUUUUGUGUUACGUAUAAAUAUUCAUGUCACUGUUUUUAAUCCAAAGUGGGUUUUUAGUUGAUGACCACUUCUAUCUGUAUAUUUAUGUUUCUGCAUGUUACCUGUGAACAUGUCAAGCAUGACUAUGCAGCAAUUUAUACAACAGAUGUUGCAUCACCCACCAACAUUUGCACCAAACAAAUUGUUCUAUUCGAUACAGCAGAGGUCAUAGGCAUGUGUAUAGGGUAUGCAAUACAGUACAAUACAUAAACAUCUGAGCUUGGACUUGCUGCUUUUUAUGAUUUUAUGUAGAAUUUGAAAAGAUGACUGCAAAUUUUAAAGAUUUGGAGUUUAAAGGUUUUUAUUUUUAUAAUUGCUUUGAUACAGACUGCAAAUAAUCUCUGGUUGUUUUAUUUUCUAGAACCUAAUAGAAUGAAAAACAGAGUGAACACUACACAGGGCCAGGAAGAGAGGAUGGCAAAGCUGUAGGUUUUUAUUUUUAAUUAUUGUUUUAGUGAUACACCACUUUUUUUUUUAUUGUUGCUCUGAGGACUGUGAGCAUUUUCCUACCGAUGCAAUAAAA